CAGAACCACCUGGAGAGACAGCUGUUUGACAGGUUGGAGCAGCUGGUGUUGCUUUACGCCAGCUUCGAUUUUUUCAGUUUGAAUGAGACUGAGCCCAACAGCAUGUCUCACUUCUGCAUUGGUCAGAGCCAGCUGGGUCAGAUGAAGCUAACAAUUUUUCGUUAUUGUAAACCGACUCCAUACCUGGCCCGGGUCAACAGCGGACUGUAUAAACGCAUGCGCUGGAAUGUAGAAAGAAUCUUAUAUGAGAAGCAUCAGGAUGGAGACUGUGACGACAGACAGGAGAAAACAGAUUCCCACACUGACUACUAUUUCUUGUGCUACGAGGACAUUUCAAAUACACACAAAGAGGCCGAUAGGGUUAGCCAAGAUGUCUCUCGGGAUAGCCUAACAAGAAUGUGGUCCAUUGGCCAGUGGGUGCAGGUGAAUCCUGAUCCCAAAACAGAGGAUAUUUCUGACUGGAUCACAUGCGAGGUCCCUCAGGCCAAUUAUCAUAGGCUGUUGUUUCUGGGACAUGAAGAGCCAUCUAGUUGCAUUGCUACAAACUGCUUGCAGCAGCUACUGCAUCACUUCCACUACUGUCCACUCUCCCUGUGUGGAGCUGCCAGUGUCCUCUGUGGAGAAACUGCUAACGGAGGUGACAGUGGCAGAAGGGGGGGCGAGUGGAGGAAUAUCACCUUUAGGAUCAAGCAGGUCCUCGCCAUCAGCCUCCCCAUCACUGCACUCCAGGGUUUCAUAGAUGGUGCAGAGGCCAGAUGGAGAAGACAACAGUGCGGUCUGACCUUUGGGGUGGUGCAGCUCUUGCUGCCUCUGGAUAAUUUUCUGUUGUUCCUUCAGCUCCUGCUGUUGCAUUUGCAGUUCAAGUGGUCCUGCAGCUUUAAAAACCUGAAGAGGCUCUUCGCAUGGAUCAGCAAAGGGGUUUGGUUGAUCCCACUGAGCAGCUGGGGCAGAGGGCAGCACAGGUGGAAGUGGUGGCUGAGCAACUCUGUUCAAGUUAUCCAGCCUUUCAUCCUCAGCAAAGUCAUCCUCAUCUCCAUUUCCAUAACUCUCAAGCCCACUCUCUGUCACCCCUUCACUAGCCAUUUCCACAUCAUCGUCAUCUUCAUC